UUUCUGUACCACGUGCCAAUCCAAUCUUAGUCUACCCACAAACAAAGAAAGUUGAGUGAUGGCGAUCUCAAUCUCACCAAUUCCUCUUCUAUCUAUCUCUUCUAAUCCUGAUAUUUCAUCGUCCACAUCUCUGAAUCAUCGCUUCGUGUCCAAUUUAUCCAACAUCAGAUUCCAUUCUGUCCUUUCCAUCUAUUCCCGUCCGCUCGAUAGGAAUCAUCAGCGCCGUCCUUCCAUCGUCUCUUCGCAGCUCUGUACACCGGAGACGCCAGAAAUACUCGAUACGUCUCUUCUCAUUCUUACUGAGAAUGCGUCGGAGGAAGAACUAUGGGCUGCCGCUUGCCUGCGCAUCCGGUCCUUUUAUGAUUUCCAAGACACUUUUGGCAUACAAGAUCAUAAGAGAUACUUGGCUGAGCGUGAGUUUGAAGCACUAAAAGAGCGCAUUGCAGGGAAGAGAAUUGGUUUUAGAAGAGUUUCCUGCAUAAAUGCCACUGUUCCACUGACGAAUAUAUCAAAAUUUUCAGAAUUAUCUGCAGAAUGCAAGUAUUCAGCUAAUGGAGAAGAGCGAGUUGUGGUCGGGACUCUUGAUCUUAAUCAGUGUGUGAGGCUCCCAGAAGAAUUGACUGGAUUGAAACCCGAGGGUAUUGGUGCUGAUUUUUCCAGAGCAUAUUUGAGCAAUGUUUGUGUUGCUAAAGAAUUGCACAGAAACGGAUUAGGUCACAUGCUUGUAGAAAAAUCAAAGGCAAUUGCUGAAGAUUGGGGAAUAUCGGAUCUGUAUGUCCAUGUUGCAGUGGAUAAUGAAGCAGCCAAACGGUUAUACUUAAGAAGUGGGUUUACAUAUGAAAAUGAGGAGCCUGUUUGGCAAGCUCAAUUUCUAGAUAGACCGGCCAGGCUUCUUCUAUGGACAGAAAUUCCCCAUAUAAUCAACUUGUGAAGGUUAUUUUGAGGUCACAAGAUGGUAAAAAUUGCUCUUAAUAUUAUUGCAUUGACAGUUGCGGCUUGACAUGAGAGGUGACAGCAAAAUUAUUGUGUAAAAAAAUAUGGAUUUAAACACCUUCUCUGCCGUAAUCAAUAUUGAAAUUAUAAUUUAAUUUUAUAAUAAUUGAAAUGGAAUUACAAUUUAAUUAUUACUU